CAGUGGUCAAGUAGGCUAUCCCCAUCCCUAUCCUGUAUUGUGAAGCUCUGUAUUGUGCUCCUGCUCAACUGAGCUGAAAAUGGCUUUACCUCUCCUACCAGGAAACUCCUUCAACAGAAAUCUAGGGAAGGAAAAAUUCCACAAAUCGCAGCAUUUUGGCUAUUCCAAUGAUAUAUCUAUGCUACUUGGAGAAGAAAAGCCUGGAAUUGGUGGCGAACCCCUUCUUGGACAGAAACCAAAACCUAAAUUCAGUGUGUUUCCUAAAGGAGUAGGCAGCAAUGCUCCAUCCUGGGUAGCUUUUGACAAACAGGUUCUUUCAUUCGAAGCAUAUUUUGAGGAGGUAGUUCCACUGAGUAGAGAAGAAACACGUCGAAUCAGACACUGCAAAAUAUAUUUCUACCUCGAGGAUGACACAAUACAAGUAGUGGAACCCCAAAUAAAAAAUAGCGGUAUACCACAGGGCACAAUAAUACGACGUCAUCGGAUUCCACUUCCUUCGCCUAACGAUGAUCAGUUUUACACUGUCGAUGAUUUUAACAUCAAUAUGGACAUUGUUUUUUAUUCAAGAUUUUUUAAAAUUGUGAACUGUGAUGAGUUUACACAUAAUUUUCUAAGGAAACUGGGAAUCCGAUUAAAUCCUCCUGGGUCAAUUCCACCGGACUCUUACUCCACAAUACGCAGAAAGAUGAAAGAAAAUAUGAAGCCUUUGCGUCCAUAUGAGCGUACAGAUACACUCAAACAGUUUCUGGAACAUGACAGAGAAGUGCUACGUUUCUACUGCUUCUGGGAUGACACACUCUCAAUGUUUGGGGAUUGCCGGGACCUUAUUCUACAUUAUUUCCUAGCAGACGACACCAUUGAGAUUAUUGAGAUAAUACCACCAAAUGCUGGCAGAGAUACAGUUCCAGUAUUUCUCCAUAGAGGAAAGCUGCCCAAGGAUGCCCCCACAGAAAUGUACAAACCAGGGGAGGUUACUUCACGCACUGUCUUGAAUGUAUUUGGACCAAUGGGACAUGGUGGUCGUUAUAUUCUGGAUAAUCUAAAGACAGGAGCUGUGCAUCAGGAGUUUUACAAGGACUGUGACCUGGCAGUAGGAGUAGCGCUUAAUGCAUGGGGAAGAAAUAUUAUUCUUUGUGAUUGUGAUGAAUUCACCAAGAAUUAUUACAGAACAAAAUAUGGAAUUGAGGACUUUGCCCCAGUUCAGUACAAAGCUGCUCCACCACAAAGAACUGAGAGAAAAUUGCCACCAUACAAUGGUUUUGGUUCAGAGGAAGAUUCUCUCUGUUCCUGCUUAGGACUUUUACCAAAACCACCUCAGCGUGAUUUCAAGAAAUUUAUGGAAAAGGACAGGAAUGGCCUUGAAAGUAAUGUGCUCAGAUUCGUAGCAAAACUUGCCACAGAUAAUCCUAUUGAUAAGGAGCGAAAAUUCAUUAUCUCCUACUUCUUGUGUGAUGACUCCGUAUCGGUUUUUGAGCCACCUCAAAGGAACUCAGGAAUAGAUGGUGGUAAAUUUUUGGAAAGAUGCCGUGUUAAGAAACCUGGACAAGAACUUUUCAAGAGCGAGCUGUCAGACUACUUUAAAGCUGAAGACCUUUUUGUUGGAGCCAGAGUUAAGUUCAAUGACCACAACUUUAUUCUUGUCGACGCCGAUGAAUAUGUUUUCAAUUAUAUGGAGAAGAAUGCAAAUGAGUUCCCUAUGGCUGACAUUAUUGCCAUUAUAAGUAAGUUAAGGAGUAUUGCAGAACCAAGACCACGCGAAAUCAAGCAACUCUUUGCAGCUAAUGAUCCUGGGAACAGCACUGAGAUGGCUUAUGAAACUUUCAGAAAUAUUCUGGUGGAUAUAUCAGACAAACAACUUACUGAACACCAAAUUAUGACUAUUGGACGCUACUACAGUGUUAGAGAAAAGCCGGAAAUCGAUUUAAAUUCCCUUCUUGCUUUGGCCCAUGAGCAACUGAAGAAAAAAGCCUUUGAGAAUUUUAACAAACUCUGUGACGCCUUUAAAUACAAUGACCGUGAAAAGAAUGGCUCACUUUCGUUUCGAAAAACAAUUACAAUUUGCAAAGCUUUCAAGAUUCCUUUGGAAGAUGAUCUUCUCCGAGCAAUACUACACAAGUAUGAAGAAAACGGUGAUCAGGUUAAUUAUCUGAAAUUCACUUCUGGACUUAACUGGCGAGAAAAUCCUACUCGUGCCAGGCAGAUCACUCCAAUUAAGUAUGAUGCUCAGUGGAGUGGAGAAAAUACAUCCAAUGUUGUGAAACGUGUCAACUUUAUGCGUUUUCUUGAUGACUUGUUUGGCCUUCGAGAGUAAUGUGAAGAACACUUUGAAGGUCUGGGUCAUUAAUGAGUUAAUCUUCAGUCUUUCAAUAGAAAAAAACAAAAACAGAAAAAUAUAGUAUUGAUUUCAGGAACAACUACUUAAAAGAUGCAAUAAAUUCUAAUUGAAGCAA